AAACUUUGAUAACGAAAGAACUAAGUAUAAUAUUCGGGAGUUAUCAAAAACGAAAUACUGAAACGAAAAUGAAAAUCUUAAUUAUUCUCGCAGUUGUGACUGCAGUAAUUGCUCACAGCAACAACGACGAUCGUCACGGAAACAAGGAAUUGGUUGAAAAAGUUAACAAAGAUGUCACCAAAUCCGUGGAAAAACGAUUGAAAGAAUUGAACUUGGACGAUGAAUGGGAUGACGAAGUUGAAGAGGUUUUGGAUGAUCUCAAGAGUGGAUUAAAAGAUUGUGCGAAAUUAGUGUCGAAGCGACGACCAUUUUGGUUGUACAGAAAGUGUGUUGGUGUAACAAAAGGAAAGGCUUACGAUAAAGUUGAAAAAUUAGAAAAGAAAGCCAAUGAAAAGAAAGAAAAAGAAGCCAACAAACAAAAAGAAUCGAAUGAAUCUAAUUCUUCGACAAGUAACAAUAGUGAUGAACAAUCGCAAUCUGGAAACAAACCAUCAGGAAAGCCAGAGGGAAACAAACCAUCAAAGCCAGGAAACCCUGAAGGAUCUCAACCUGGUCAAGGUAAUCCAUCGAAACCAGGAGAAACAAAUCCAGGACAAGUUGAUCCAUCAAGACCUGGACAAGGAAAUCCUUCUCAACCAGGACAAGAGAAUCCAGAGAAACCAGGACAAGUAGAUCCAUCAGCUCCUGUUGAUCCAUCAGCUCCUGUUGAUCCCUCAGCUCCAGUUGAUCCAUCAGCUCCUGUUGACCCAUCAGCUCCAGUUGAUCCAUCAGCUCCUGUUGAUCCAUCAGCUCCUGUUGAUCCAUCAGCUCCUGUUGAUCCAUCAGCUCCUGUUGAUCCAUCAGCUCCUGUUGAUCCAUCAGCGCCUGUAGAUCCAUCAGCUCCUGUUGAUCCAUCAGCGCCUGUAGAUCCAUCAGCUCCAGUUGAUCCAUCAGCUCCUGUUGAUCCAUCAGCUCCUGUUGAUCCAUCUGCGCCUGUCGACCCAUCAGCUCCAGUUGAUCCCUCAGCUCCUGUUGAUCCAUCAGCUCCUGUUGAUCCAUCAGCUCCUGUUGAUCCAUCAGCUCCUGUUGAUCCAUCAGCUCCAGUUGAUCCCUCAGCGCCUGUAGAUCCAUCAGCUCCAGUUGACCCAUCAGCUCCAGUUGAUCCAUCAGCGCCUGUCGAUCCAUCAGCUCCUGUUGAUCCAUCAGCUCCAGUUGAUCCAUCAGCUCCUGUUGAUCCAUCAGCUCCUGUCGACCCAUCAGCUCCUGUUGAUCCCUCAGCUCCAGUUGAUCCGUCAGCGCCUGUAGAUCCAUCAGCUCCAGUUGAUCCAUCAGCUCCAGUUGAUCCAUCAGCUCCAGUUGAUCCAUCAGCUCCUGUUGAUCCAUCAGCUCCAGUUGAUCCAUCAGCUCCUGUCGAUCCAUCAGCUCCAGUUGAUCCAUCAGCUCCAGUUGAUCCCUCAGCGCCUGUCGAUCCCUCAGCGCCUGUAGAUCCAUCAGCUCCUGUUGAUCCAUCAGCUCCAGUUGAUCCAUCAGCUCCAGUUGAUCCAUCAGCUCCUGUUGAUCCAUCAGCGCCUGUAGAUCCAUCAGCUCCUGUAGAUCCAUCAGCUCCAGUUGAUCCAUCAGCUCCUGUUGAUCCAUCAGCUCCAGUUGAUCCAUCAGCGCCUGUCGAUCCAUCAGCUCCAGUUGAUCCAUCAGCUCCAGUUGAUCCAUCUGCUCCAUCAGCGCCUGUCGACCCAUCUGCUCCAGUUGAUCCAUCAGCUCCUGUUGAUCCAUCAGCUCCUGUUGAUCCAUCAGCUCCUGUUGAUCCAUCAGCUCCUGUUGAUCCCUCAGCUCCUGUUGAUCCUUCUCAACCCGAACAAGGACUUCCAACUGAACAACCAGCCGAAUCAAACCCAGAAGGUGCUGCUCCAGGUGGAAACACAUCUCAACCAGAAGAGCAAGUUCCCACUGAUGCUCCCGUCAACAACCAAACUUCCGACGGAAAUGACACUCAAGCUGAAGCAGGAAACGCAGAUCCAAACGAUGAGACUGCCACCGACGAAAAUGUCACAGAAUCUUGGACCGAAGAAUCUCUGACUUAUGUAUAAAUUUAAAACUUUUUAUACUUUUGGUGAUGGUGGAAAAAAAUAAAAAACGAUCUUACGAAUACACUCGAGUUUUGAUGACAUA